AUGCCAUCAUCAUCUAAUUCUAUUGAUCCAACUUUUGAUGAUGUAUUAAAAGAUGAUCAUGCUCGCCUAUCUCGUACCAUCCGAGAAUUCGAUCGAACCGAUAUUGGUAGCCGGGUUACCGAACUUCCUUCUGACCUAAGGGACGUCAAGACUAUUCUAGUGACAGGAGGUGCUGGAUUCAUUGGGAGUUUCUUGGUCAGGAAAUUAGUGGUCUUGUACCCAGAAUACCAUAUUUAUGUUGUAGAUAAACUCGAUUAUUGCGGCUCACUGCACAAUCUCAAGAUGAUCAAGGAUUUUCCCAAUUACACCUUUAUCAAGGGUGACAUCACAUCGUCCGAUUUCAUGGCCUUUAUCCUCAAAGAGAAAAAGAUUGACAUAAUAUUCCAUCUAGCCGCACAGACACAUGUCGACAAUUCCUUUGGGGACUCGUUUGAAUUUACAAAGAACAAUGUAAUGGGCACACAUGUAAUGCUAGAGGCAGCCAAGGUGCACAAAGUCCGUCGAUUUAUCCAUGUCAGUACCGAUGAAGUUUAUGGAGAGGUCCCAGAUUGUGCAGAAGACACAAUCCUUGCACCCUCAAACCCUUAUGCUGCAACCAAAGCUGCUGCUGAAUGUCUUGUCAAGGCCUAUCACAUGUCAUUUGGCCUUCCAAUUAUGAUCACACGUUCAAACAAUGUCUAUGGCCCGUACCAAUACCCAGAGAAGAUCACAUCCAAGUUUGUCUGUAGUCUACUCAGACGCGGCAAAUGGCAAGUCUUUUUUAUUAUCUAUUUUUAUAUCCACGGUCAGGGACACAAUUCCCGGAAAUAUUUGUAUGCAGCCGAUGUUGCCGACGCACUUGAUGUCAUAUUCCACAAAGGAUCUGUGGGAGAAACCUACAAUAUCGGCUCAGCCUUCGAGAUUUCGAACCUUAUGUUGGCCAAACGGCUUAUUGGAAUGUUUGGCUACACACAAGAGCAGCAAGUGAACGAUCACCUUGAAUUUGUCCAGGACAGGGCCUUUAAUGACAAGCGAUAUGCGGUAGAUUGCUCCAAAUUAGAAAAGCUGGGCUGGGCUCCCCGAAUGGGGUUCGAUGACGGUCUCCGAAAGACGAUCGAAUGGUAUCGUCAGUGUACAGAUGAAUGGUGGGGAGAUAUAGCAGGUGCCCUGGUUCCUCAUCCCUUCAAGGCAUUACCAUCUUACAACGGAUCUACUGUACUAGAUAAUUAG